GCACUUUUUAUCUGUUUCCGAUAUUAGCUCGUCUAAAAUCCACAGUUUCAAGUGUCAACACAUCAUCUGCCAUGGAAAUAAGAUCGCGAUUAAGUUUGAGUUGUUUUUAUCGAGUUUUUAGAAACUGUAAACAAUGGCACAAGAAGCACAGCUGUUCAUUACAAAACCGACACUCGCACAGGCAGUUAUCCUCCGAAUCUGGAGAUGUUGAUCUAGAGCUAAGCUACACAACAUAUCCUGACCAAGAACACAGUCAAGUAUCAACAAAAAAGCCUUUGCUAUUUGUACAUGGUCUGUUUGGUGCUAAAGGAAACCUGCACAGUGUCUCCAAGCAUUUAUCCAAUGAUGGGCAAAAGGUUGUGACUUAUGAUGCUCGUAACCAUGGAGACAGUCAACAUAGUCCAAAAAUGGACUAUAUCUCCAUGGCUGAUGAUUUGGAUGGUUUGAUAACUGACCUUAGUCUGAAAGAUCCAGUAGUCAUGGGCCACAGUAUGGGAGGGAAAACUGCUAUGACAUUAGCUCUUACAAAGCCAGAAAGAAUGUCAGCUCUUAUAGUUGUUGAUAUUACCCCUAGCACCAAUGACACCAGAGAGCUCUAUAAAUAUGCACAGGCUAUGAAAAAUGUUCAGAUUCCAUCAGGUGUCUCCAUCAUCCAAGCUAGGAAAAAUGUUGAAGCACAGUUGAGUGCAGUUGUUACAAACCGUGCAGUGCUUCAGUUCUUAUUAACUAACUUAAGAGAAUUUCCCAGUGGAGAGUUACGAUGGAGAAUGAAUCUUAAUGCUAUCAUCAACAACUUUGAUAAGAUUACACAAUUUCCUGACCUCAGCUCCAAACAGUUUAUUAAGCCAACACUAUUUAUAUUUGGUGCCAACUCUCCUCACUACAGAUCUGUCCAAAUGGAUGUCAUAAAAUCUUUUUUCCCUCAAGUACAAGUAACAGUUAUUAAAGAAGCAGCUCAUUUUGUACAUGCAGAUAAACCUUUAGAAUUUGUCGCAGCAGUCAAAACAUUUUUAUCAUCUAUAGAGGAGAGUGCAGUGUAAACCUGUUGAACCUUGCUAGUUCAUUUAUAGAAUAAUCAAUUGCAAUGUAAGACUAGAAUAAAAGCACUACAAAAACUAGAA